CGCCGGGCUCGUUUCGUUCGCGGUGGCGGCGAGCGCCCGGUGAGCGCGACGGCUGGACUUGCCGGCCGGCGCCUUGGGGGCGGCCGCGGUGGAGGCAGCGGCCGGAGGCCGCGUCCGUCCAUGGGCCCGCAGCGGCCGGGCGGCGGGGCGGGGCGCGAGGCGACGCGCGCGCUCUGAGGCCGCGGCGAGCAGGCGGGGCGCGGCGUGAGCGGGGAGGCCUUUCCGGGCCUGCGGCGGCCAGCGCAAAAUGCGGCGGCGGCCGCGCUGAGUCCCGACCUCCGGGAGCGCGCUGGGCCGAGACGACCCGCGCUGCGGCCGCCUAGCCGACAUGUCGGCGGCCAAAGAAAACCCAUGCAGGAAAUUUCAGGCCAACAUCUUCAACAAGAGCAAGUGUCAGAACUGCUUCAAGCCCCGCGAGUCGCAUCUGCUCAACGACGAGGACCUGACGCAGGCAAAACCCAUUUAUGGUGGCUGGCUGCUCCUGGCUCCAGAUGGCACUGACUUUGACAACCCAGUGCACCGGUCACGGAAAUGGCAACGUCGAUUCUUCAUCCUUUAUGAGCAUGGCCUCUUGCGAUACGCCCUGGAUGAGAUGCCCACCACCCUCCCCCAGGGUACCAUCAACAUGAACCAAUGCACAGAUGUGGUGGACGGGGAGGCCCGCACAGGGCAGAAGUUCUCCCUCUGCAUCCUGACACCUGACAAGGAACAUUUUAUCAGGGCAGAGACCAAGGAGAUCAUCAGUGGGUGGCUAGAGAUGCUCGUGGUGUAUCCCCGAACCAACAAGCAGAACCAGAAGAAGAAGCGCAAAGUAGAGCCACCUACCCCCCAGGAACCUGGACCUGCUAAGAUGGCUGUCACCAGCAGUAGUGGUGGCAGCGGUGGUAGUAGCAGCAGCAGCAUUCCCAGUGCCGAAAAAGUCCCCACCACCAAAUCCACGCUCUGGCAGGAAGAAAUGAGAGCCAAAGACCAGCCUGAUGGGAACAACCUGAGUCCAGCUCAGAGUCCCAGCCAAAGCCAGCCUCCUGCUGCUUGCACCCCUCGGGAAACAGGGCUGGAAAGCAAAGAAGAUGAAAGCACCAUGAAUGGGGACCGUGUGGAUGGUGGUCGGAAAGUACGAGUAGAGAGCGGCUACUUCUCCCUGGAGAAGGCUAAGCAGGACCUGAGGGCUGAGGAGCAGCUGCCCCCACCACUCUCCCCACCCAGCCCCAGCACCCCACACAGCAGGUAUGGUUGUCCUGGAUUGUCUUCACAGGAACUUGGCCACCCGCUUCACUCUCCAGGUCUUCCAGCCCCAAGCCGCAUGGUCUCCAGCGUCUGCCCCAACAGCCUGGGUGAGGCCGGCAGGCCACCCAACCACACGGACUCCAGCAGUGCUGGGGGGUGGGGAACACAGCUACUGGGGAGCACCUUUGCCUUUAAAGCCAGCAGGCAGUAUGCCGCCCUGGCCGACGUCCCUAAGGCCAUCCGGAUCAGCCAUCGAGAAGCCUUUCAGGUGGAGAGAAAGCGGUUGGAGCGUAGGACCCGGGCCCGGAGCCCUGGCAGGGAAGAGGUGGCCCGUCUGUUUGGCAACGAGCGGAGGAGAUCCCAGGUAAUUGAGAAAUUUGAGGCCUUGGAUAUUGAAAAGGCAGAGCACAUGGAAACCAACAUGCUGAUUAUGACUACUCCAUCAAGUGACACUCGUCAGGGCCGCAGUGAGAAGCGGGCCAUCCCUAGAAAGCGGGACUUUGCCAGCGAAGCCCCCACAGCUCCUCUCUCAGAUGCUUGUCCCCUGUCUCCACACCGAAGAGCCAAGUCAUUGGACAGGAGGUCCACAGAAUCCUCCAUGACGCCUGACCUGCUGAAUUUCAAGAAAGGCUGGCUAACCAAGCAGUAUGAGGAUGGCCAGUGGAAGAAACACUGGUUUGUCCUGGCUGAUCAGAGCCUGAGAUACUACAGGGAUUCCGUGGCUGAAGAGGCAGCUGACCUAGAUGGAGAAAUUGACUUGUCCACUUGUUACGAUGUCACCGAGUAUCCAGUCCAGAGAAACUAUGGGUUUCAGAUACAUACCAAGGAGGGUGAGUUCACCCUGUCAGCUAUGACAUCUGGCAUACGACGGAAUUGGAUCCAGACCAUUAUGAAACAUGUGCUUCCAACAUCUGCCCCAGAUGUGACCAGCUCAUUGCCUGAGGAAAAGAAUAAAAGCACAUCUUUUGAGACCUGCUCAAGGCCUAAUGAGAAGCAAGAAACCGAAGCAGCAGACCCAGAUCCUGAGCAGAAGAAGAGCCGUGCUCGAGAGCGGAGACGGGAGGGCCGCUCCAAGACCUUUGACUGGGCUGAAUUCCGACCAAUCCAACAGGCCCUGGCACAAGAAAGAGCCAGCACUGUGGGCUCUUCUGAUGCUGGUGACCCUGGGUGUGUUGAAGCUGAGCCAGGUGAGCUGGAGCGUGAGCGAGCUCGACGGCGAGAAGAGCGCCGCAAGCGCUUUGGGAUGCUGGACACUGUUGAUGGACCGGGUUUGGAGGACACAGCCCUACGUAUGGACAUCGACCGGAGCCCAGGGCUGCUGGGAACCUCUGACCUCAAGACACAGAAUGUCCAUGUGGAAAUUGAGCAGCGGUGGCACCAAGUGGAGACCACCCCUCUCAGGGAGGAAAAGCAGGUGCCCAUCGCCCCUCUGCACCUGUCCCUGGAGGACAGAAGUGAGCGGCUCUCCACACAUGAGCUCACCUCUCUGCUAGAGAAGGAGCUGGAGCAGAGCCAGAAAGAGGCCUCGGAUCUUCUAGAGCAGAACCGGCUUCUGCAGGACCAGUUAAGGGUGGCCCUGGGCCGAGAGCAGAGUGCCCGGGAGGGCUAUGUGCUGCAGACUGAAGUGGCCAUCUCCCCAUCGGGUGCCUGGCAGAGGCUCCAUAGAGUCAAUCAAGACCUUCAAAGUGAGUUGGAAGCCCAGUGCCGGCGGCAGGAACUCAUCACACAGCAGAUUCAGACCCUGACACAGAGCUAUGGGGAGGCCAAGGAUGCAAUCCGGCACCAUGAGGCUGAGAUCCAGACCCUGCAAACAAGACUUGGCAAUGCUGCUGCAGAGCUAGCCAUUAAGGAACAGGCUCUAGCCAAACUCAAGAGUGAGCUGAAGCUGGAGCAGGGCAAGGUUCGUGAGCAGCUGGAGGAGUGGCAGCACAGCAAGGCCAUGCUGAGUGGCCAGCUGAGGGCCAGUGAGCAGAAGCUCAAAAGCACAGAAGCCCUGCUAUUAGAGAAGACACAGGAACUGAGGGACCUAGACACACAGCAGACAUUGCAACAGGACCGCCAGAAGGAGGUGCAGAGGCUGAAGGAAUGCAUUGCUGAGCUCAGCCAACAGCUGGGUACCAGUGAGCAGGCCCAGCGUCUGAUGGAGAAGAAGUUGAAGAGGAACUAUACGUUGUUGCUGGAAAGCUGUGAGCAGGAGAAGCAAGCACUGCUGCAGAACCUGAAGGAAGUAGAGGACAAAGCUAGUGCCUAUGAGGAACAGCUACAAGGCCAUGUCCAGCAAGUGGAAGCCCUCCAGAAAGAAAAGCUGAGUGAAACAUGCAAAGGCAGUGAGCAGGUACAUCAGCUAGAGGAAGAGCUGGAGGCCCGGGAGGCCAGCAUCCGCCAAUUAGCGCAGCAUGUACAGAGCCUCCAUGAUGAACGGGAUCUCAUCAAGCAGCAGUUUCAAGAGCUCAUGGAACGUGUGGCCACAUCUGAUGGUGAUGUGGCUGAGCUUCAAGAGAAGCUGAGGGGAAGAGAAGCUGACUACCAGAGCCUGGAGCACUCACACCACAGGGUCUCUGUCCAGCUACAGAGUGUGCGCACUCUGUUGAGACAAAAGGAAGAAGAACUGAAGCAUAUUAAGGAAGCACAUGAGAGAGUUCUGGAAAAGAAAGACCAAGACCUCAAUGAAGCUUUGGUUAAAAUGAUUGCCUUGGGCAGCAGCUUAGAGGAAACAGAAAUUAAGCUGCAGGAAAAGGAAGAGUGUCUAAGGAGAUUUGUUACUGAUUCUCCAAAGGAUGCCAAAGAGCCUCAGAGUACCACAGAGUCAACGGAGGAGGACGGUGGCAUUUUGCCAUUAGGCUCAAUCACCAGAGUAUUUCCAGGCUUUCCCCACUCCCAGGCAGAGGAUGAAGAUCCAAGUGUUGGCCUGGGGGAGGAGGGUAGCAGUGGUAGCCUCUGCAGAGAGGAGAACAUCGUACCCCCAAAGUCUGUGGAUGUGCCUGACCGGGAGGGGCAUCUGCAAAGCACAUCUAAGUCUGACCUGGGAGCCCCUAUAAAAAGGCCAAGAAUCCGGUUCUCCACAAUCCAGUGUCAAAGAUACAUACACCCUGAGGGGUGUGCAAAGGCCUGGACUAGCAGCACAUCAUCAGACACCAGCCAGGACCAGUCACCCUCAGAGGAUAGUGUGUCCUCAGAAGCUACCCCUAACAUACUCCCUGCAACUGCAGAUGCUGAAACAUAUAUCUCUAUAAUCCACUCCCUGGAGACAAAGCUCUAUGUCACAGAAGAGAAGCUCAAAGAUGUGACUAUGAGGCUGGAGAGCCAGCAGGGCCAGAGUCAGGAGGCGUUGCUUGCACUGCACCAGCAGUGGGCUGGCACUGAGGCACAGUUGCAGGAGCAGCUCCGUGCCAGCUUGCUACAGGCUAGUGCACUGGCCUCUCAGCUAGAGCAGGAGAGGCAGCAGAAGGCCACGAACAUUGAGCACCACCCCGGGGAGCUGGAAGACUUCCAAGCCAAAAAUAGCCAAGCCCUGACAUGUUUGGAAAGCUGUUGGAAAAAGCUAAGGUCUCUGCCAUGGGCUGACCAAGAGGAAGGACAGGAUGCAUGUGCGGCCUCCCUGGCUAACAUAGAGAGUAUGCUUGUGAGUGCCAUCAAGACCCUUCAGCCAUGGGCACCCCCUGCAGAUAGCAGGACGCAGGCUGAGCAAGAGAAGGGGCACCCCAUGGAAAGUGGUGUGGCAGCCCCUGUGCAGCAGCCCUGCCAGCCCCUAUUGAAUGAGCAGGAGCACAGGAAACUGCUUUCCGCUCAAAUAGUCCUGGAGGCCUCACUCAUCAACCAAAUAGCUGACUCUCUAAAGAAUACCACCUCAGGUGUGUAUGGUGUUCUCUGUGAGCUUACGCAGUCAGGGGAAUGGCCACUCAAGGAAGAAAGUGCUGCCCGCUCUGCUGGGUCUCCAAUGGAGAUCUGGGCCAAGAAGUUGCUGGUGAAUGGUGAGUUCUGGAGCCAGGUUGAGUCCCUAAGUAAGCACCUAGGAACAUUGGGAGAAGAAGCAGCCUGCACGUCAGGAGACAGGCAGCAGUGUAUUCCACAAAGUCUGGCUGAUGCCACAUGGAUUCGCGCAGAGCUCAGCUAUGCCACACAAUCAGUAAGAGAAUUGUUCCACCAUAGGCUGCAGCGCAUACAGGAGACCCUACAGGGGACCCAGGCAGCCCUACAGCAGCACAAGUGCAUGCUGGGAGAAAUCUUGGGAGCCUACCAAACCCCAGACUUUGAAAGAGUAAUACAGCAGAUAUUAGAAACCCUUAGGCAUCCAACUGACAGGGAGAACCAGGUGCAGACAUCCUGGGACCAGAACCCAUUAGGAGAGGUACUGGGGCCAGCCACAGAUGGCUCCCAAGAGCCUUUGCAGGCUUUCCGUCAGAGCCCUGAAGUCUUUGCUGGCAUUCAGGAUGAGCUGGCCCAGCAGCUGAGAGAAAAGGCUAGCAUCCUUGAGGAGAUUUCUGCUGCCUUGCCAGCCUUGCCUCCCACAGAGCCACUUGGGGGUUGCCAGAGGCUUCUGCACAUGUCCCAGCAUCUCUCAUAUGAUGCUUGUCUAGAGGGCCUUGGUCAGUAUUCUUCAUUACUGGUUCAAGACGCAAUUAUUCAGGCUCAAGUGUGCUAUGCUGCAUGCAGAAUUCGGCUGGAGUAUGAAAAGGAGCUGCGCUUUUACAAGAAGGCCUGUCAGGAGGCCAGGGGAGCUUCAUGCCAGAAGCGUGCACAAGCAGUUGGGGCCCUGAAGGAGGAGUAUGAAGAACUUCUCCACAAGCAGAAAAAUGAGUACCAGAAGGUUAUCACCCUCAUUGAAAAGGAAAACACUGAGCUCAAGGCCAAAGUGAGCCAGAUGGACCAUCAGCAGAGAUGUCUACAAGAAGCAGAAAGCAAACACAGUGAGAGCAUGUUUGCCCUACAGGGCAGGUAUGAGGAAGAGAUCAGGUGCAUGGUGGAACAGCUGAGCCACACCGAAAAUACCCUGCAGGCUGAGCGUAGCCGGGUUCUCAGCCAGCUAGACGCUUCAGUCAAAGACAGGCAGGCCAUGGAACAGCAACACGUGCAGCAAAUGAAGAUGCUGGAGGACAGGUUCCAGCUGAAGGUCCGGGAACUGCAGGCCGUUCAUCAAGAGGAACUGAGGGCCUUGCAGGAACACUACAUAUGGAGCCUGCGGGGAGCACUGAGCCUCUCCCAACCUUCACACCCAGAUUCCACACUGGCCCCUGGGCCAUCUGAGCCCAGAUCUGUGCCAGCAGCCAAGGAUGAGGCUGAAUCCAUGACAGGGCUACGAGAACGAAUCCAGGAGCUGGAGGCCCAAAUGGAUGCUAUGCGAGAGGAGCUGGGCCACAAAGAGCUGGAGGGUGAUAUGGCCACCCUGCGGGAGAAGUAUCAGCGGGACUUUGAGAGCCUCAAGGCUACAUGUGAACGAGGCUUUGCCGCCAUGGAGGAGACACAUCAGAAGAAGAUUGAAGACCUCCAGAGGCAACACCAGCGAGAGCUAGAGAAGCUGCGGGAGGAGAAAGACCGCCUCCUGGCUGAGGAGACAGCUGCCACCAUCUCAGCCAUUGAAGCCAUGAAGAAUGCCCACCGAGAGGAGAUGGAACGGGAGUUAGAGAAGAGCCAGCGGUCUCAGAUCAGCAGCAUCAAUUCAGACAUUGAAGCCCUGAGGCGACAGUACCUGGAGGAACUGCAGUCAGUGCAGCGGGAGCUGGAGGUCCUUUCAGAGCAGUACUCCCAGAAGUGCCUGGAGAAUGCGCACCUGGCCCAAGCACUGGAGGCCGAGCGGCAGGCUCUGCGACAAUGCCAGCGUGAGAACCAGGAGCUCAAUGCCCACAACCAGGAACUGAAUAACCGCCUGGCUGCGGAGAUCACACGGUUGCGGACACUACUGACUGGAGAUGGUGGCGGAGAGUCUACUGGGUUGCCUCUCACACAGGGCAAGGAUGCCUAUGAGUUAGAGGUCUUGUUGCGGGUCAAAGAAUCAGAAAUACAGUACCUAAAGCAGGAGAUCAGCUCCCUCAAGGAUGAACUCCAGACAGCCCUGCGGGAUAAGAAGUAUGCUAGUGAUAAGUACAAAGACAUCUAUACAGAGCUCAGCAUUGCAAAGGCCAAGGCUGACUGUGAUAUCAGCAGGUUGAAAGAGCAGCUGAAAGCAGCCACAGAGGCACUGGGCGAGAAAUCUCCUGAGGGCGCUACUGUGUCAGGAUACGACAUAAUGAAAUCUAAAAGUAAUCCUGACUUCCUGAAGAAAGACAGAUCCUGUGUUACCCGGCAACUCAGAAAUAUCAGGUCCAAGUCCGUAAUUGAGCAGGUCUCAUGGGAUAACUGAGUCGCGCCCGAUUCCAAGUCCCCUGUCAUAGUCUCAAGGAAGGCCUGACGGUGCAGGAGCGCUUGAAGCUCUUUGAAUCCAGGGACUUGAAGAAAGACUAGCUGCAUCCAUUCCACCUGACACAUCUUUCCCAGCUGGUGGCAGCACAAGCAAAGUGUGGCUUUCGUCUGCAUAUGUGCUUUUCACUGUUUCCAUCAUUAACUGUGGUACGGAUGCACGGAGACUGCCUUGUGGGGUGUUUGCUCCAUUCCCUUCCCUGUUGAUUCCAGCUUCCCGUUGUCUUUCCGCAGCUUCUUUCCCAUGGUAUUCUCAGAUUAGUCAAGCUCAAGCGGUAGAGUGGGGAGGGCUUCCCCACAGACACCUGGGCAGGACUCCUUUGUCCUCCCACCACACUCACUGUCAGUAUUAAGGCACAGCAGCCUGUUAAUAAGCUAGCCCUGCCUCAAAGAGUACACAUGUGGGGACUUACCAGUGGCUCUGCUCUGCCAUCCAAGCUGAGCACCACCCUGCUGGGCAGAACAGAGCCACCGAAUGUUCUAGUCUGGCCUGGUUUCUGAAGGGCCUAGGAAUAGUGUCCAGCCUGCAACACUGCCCUUUGACCUGGGAGAAGGACAGCAUUUUGUAUUUGGCCCACUGAUGCAGCUUAGAACCAUACCCAGAUAAUCUUGGCAAAUCUUUCACAACCUGGAAAAUGUUGAAACCAUUCCUAUUUUUGGUUUUUUUGUUUUUUGUUUUUUGUUUUUUUUUUUUAUUAAAUCUUGCACAAAAGCCCCGACCCCUCUCAUUCCUUCCUCGGCUUGUGCCUCCCUUGCUCUGCUAAUCCUGGCCCUCUGGUGGCUGUGAACAGUUACUGGCAGACUGAAGCUUCAGACUGUCAAGUGCGAAGGAUCCUCCAUCUAGAGGGAACGUAACUGCUGGGUUUUGAUCUGUCUGAAAAGAGGCUGUCAUGUUGCUUGAAGAGGGGUGAGGAGAAUGCCUGUGUACAAACACAGGCUAUCAGAACUGGUGAGAAUAGCAGCAGGUGCUCAGGCCUCUGAUUUGUCUGCACUCUGGAAGGUUCUCUUGAAGUGUCUGCUUCUCAUGGAGCCAUUAACAGGGAGCCUGUGCUAAUUUUGCUUUUUCUAGCUAGCUGAACAAGACCUUUCUAACUACCCAAAGCAUUCUAGGGUGUUUCCAUUUAAAAACAAAACACACACACACGAGGUUUCCAGUCUUAUAAAAAAUUCAUUCCGUAAGAUGAAGCACACUCAAGAGGCACCAUGUCAGGUGGGAGAGUCAGUCAACUAGAUCCUCCCACUGUCCUGGCUCCUUUGUUAGUGCUGAGUGGGUCAGAUGGUCUCUGGGUGCACAAUUGAACUCUUCACAGGAACCCCUAAUGGUUGUAUAUGAGUUGAUGUUCAAGGUUAUCCAUAAUGUCUGGCUGGCCUAAUAGACAGGCAGGGCAAAACCUCCAUGCUUUGUGACAUAUCUAAUUGCUACCUAGCCUGGCAGACAAGCCCUGGCCUCCCCUUUUCACACUGGCACAUGUUCAGUUACCGUUUUAUAUUAUCAGCACCAGGAGCAAGUCAGAUCUGUUCAAACAGUGCUUUGAGCUCAGAGUGGGCUAGUCUUUGGGAGCUGUAGUUGUGUGUUGAGGACUACUGUUCUCUCUGGUGUGGUUCCUUUGCAACUAUCCUGCUGCCUUGGGAGCCCUCUGGCCCCAGCAAUCAUCUUCCUGCUUUAUGCUUUCUGGGGUUGUACAAAGAGCCUACUGAAGAUGCCAAGCCUACAGUUCAAAACAUUUGAUCUUUUGCUCUUCACCUCAGAAUCCUAGGAUAGUACCUUUGCUAAAUGCAGUACUUGGGAGCCAGAGGCAGGCAAGGGCUGGGAGACAGGCACACUGCACUUACCGUUACUCAAGGUUCACUUUUGCCAUAAUACAGCACUCUCUGUUCUAGGGCUGAUUUCAUAUUGGCACAGAACAGGGAUGCCUGGAUCAUCCCCCACUGCCCAAGCCACUCUGAGCAGUAAUUCAUGUAUCAGGGUGCAUCUUGAGUUUCUUGGCAGUAACUUCUGGCCUCUGGCAAAGGUGAAUCAAACAAGAAGCUGGUCUUCUGAGUCUCUGUAGCCUACCUACAGCAGUUUACUUGGACUGCCACAUGGCCUUUGUCUAUUCCUUACCCCAGUCCCUAUGCCAGGCUCACUUUUGCCUGACCUCCUUACAGGCAUCCUGCUCCCUGGAAAGAAGCUGAAGUUGGUGUAUUCAAGAGAGGCGGCAUCAAAUGUGCAAGUGGAGUUGGUCCAGGCAUCAGGAGGGGGGAUACUUGUCUGAGGAUGGGGUAGUAAUAUAGCUCAAGAAGCCUCAGCCUGCUCCCAGCCCCAUCAGUGGCAUAUUUUCCCUACUUCAUGGUAGGAACAGCAUUAAAAUGAACAGACAUAAGAAUUUUAUUUUCCUGAAAAUAUACAUUUGUGAUCUGCCAGCAUCCUCAAGCAAACUGCCAUUACAGGGAACACACCUGCCUUCCUUUGACAGCGGAUGUAAACAUGCUUAAACUACAUCUUGCAUGGGUGGUGCCUAGUACCACAGCAAAGAGUGUCUCUCUCACCCAGGGCUCCUGGCUGAAGCUUUUCCAGUAUGGUUGUGUCCACAGAUCCAGGGCCAUAAUGGGAGGCCAGGGACCCAGGAAGUAGGCAGUCAGCAGAGGGCAGAAUGCUGGGAAUGUAUGGGUUCAAAUGAGUGAAAGCUGCAGUCAGAGUUGAAACUUGCCUAGACUCAAAAGAACAACAGUGAACUGUGUGGAGUGUUUUUAUGCCUGUACUCCUAGUUCCUGGGACUCGGAAGUUGCAGGUCAGUCUGGUAUGUAGCAAGACUAUCUCAACAUACAGAUGGGCUAAGGAUAUAUAUAGCUCAGUGAUGGUAGAGCACCUACCUAGCAUGUGGUAAGGCCUAGGGGUUCAACCACAGUACUACAAAGAGCACACCUGUGAACUUAAGGACAAGGGUCCAAAAGGAGCCUCAGAGAUUUGACUAGGAAACAAAAUUGGCGUUAACUUCUACCCUAGAAGCUUCUACCCUAGAACUGAACACACUCCUCACUGCUGACACCUAGCUGGUGCUGAGGGAAGUGCUGGACGCUGCAGAGCCUGCACUGUGAAGCUGGGCAUCAGUGGAGAGAUUCCUGCAGGCCUGUCCCACACACCAAGUGGCCUUUUUCCGGACCUCCAACUAUGCCCUGGUUCCCAAAGACAGGCUGGACACACACCCAGAGGCCCCAUGCAGCCUUCCCACUCACCCGUCUCCAUAUGAGUAAGCUUGCACAUCAAAGUCAGCUGGCAGCUAUCGGCAGAAUCAGUCCCCAGAUGCACAGUAACAGCCAAACCCCAGACUGCUGGUAGAGGGACAGUUACCUCCCAGCUGAUUGGCCUACACCUGCAAAGCAGGAGGGUUACCUGUUCUUGCUAUGUUGUCAAGGGAUAUCACCUUCUCAGCUACUAAAAGACCAGCAGUGCAGGGACACACACCCUUUCUCAAGGGAGCGCCCAGCAUACAGAGCACUCAGCCUGUAAUAUCAGAGCAAGUGAUGGUAGCAUUUCUGAGAUGUGGCCUAGGGAUUUUUGUACUAAGUUUGUGUGAACUUUUACAACAUCUUGUCUAGACACCUCUUUUGAAGGUAUGUUGAGUUCAGUGCAAACCCCUCACACCAGAAGACCAUGAGUUAGCUAGGCAUGGUGGCUCACACAUUUAAUCAGCACUUGGGAGGCAGAGGCAAGUUAAGUUCAAGACCAGCCUGGUCAACAUAGUUCCAAAGAGCCAGGGGUACACAGUAAAAUCCUGUCUAAAAGACCAUGUUAAUAACUAACAUCUUCUAAAGCCUUCGUUACUUAACAGAUUACACCCUCAUGACAAACCAUUAUCAAUGCCCUGGUUCUUGUUGGAAGUGUUCUGUGAAACUUUCUAGAGCCACUCAAGGAAAACCAGGAAUAUGAGGGACUUUUGGCAUCAUGCCCUCAGGCUUCUUAGUCCAUUUUUGUUAGGGGAGCUGGUUGGGGGUAUAAGCUGCUUCGGGCCCAGGUGCCUAGCCCUGACAGAACUGCGGGGCUGGGCUGUGUGCAGAGCAGCCCGGCUAUCAAUCUCUAGCGACCUGACUGUAUAUAGCCCGGGACUCCCAGGAAGCUUCUGGCUGUAUUUCUGUGACACUGGGAAGAGGCCCAUCAGCAGAAAGUUAAAAAUGGCACAGCCUGGGCUGGGGAGAUGGCUCAGUGAUUAAGAGCACUGGCUGCUCUUCCAGAGGUCCUGAGUUCAAUUCCCAGCAACCACACGGUGGCUCACAACCAUCUACACCCUCUACUGUCCUCUUCUGGCGUGCAGGUGCACAUACAGAUAGAGCACUGACGUACAUAAAAUAAAUAAAUAAAAUCUUUAAAAAAAAUGGCACAGCCUACAACUGAAGGACUUCAGGGCCUCUUCAGUUUCCCAUGGGUCACAGGGGAGCCUGGUGCAGAUUCCAUGGUGGGACAACACUACAGAGCCAGCAUUUGCUCUGGAAAAGUGCAGUUGUAAGAAUCCUUGCCAACACAGCCCAUUCCAGCUUGCCACAGUCAACAUGCUAUCAGCUCAUCUCUCCUUUAGAGUUAGUCAUACCACACAUUUAAUUUUAUUUUAGCCAGGAAUACAUUGUAAAGAACACUAAAUUCACUGUAUUUGUUUCUGUCACAAACUUCAAUUUAAAUGGAUUUUAAGAUAAUUUUAAGAUUCACCUUUGGUAUUAAGGCUUUACUACAGGAUCCCAAGCCAGUUUGUAGUACUAACCAAUGUGGCUUUUUGUAGGUUUGCUGUGUAGAAUGUUCAGCACCCGAGUAACAGUGGCUCCUUGACAGUCAGAACUCUAGGUGACCUUCCAUUGCAGCUGCUUGACGGGGAUGGGGGUGCCUGUCUGUGAACAUAGGGCCUCCCAGGGCCACUUCACUACACCGCAGCAGUCACAAGCUUGUGCUACUUCACCUGCUGUUGAGGUAUUUGGUUCCGAUGCAAGCAAUCAGUUGCCAGACUAAAACUUACACGUGGAAGGAACUGGAGCCUCACUGAGCCAGGGAGGCUUCAGCACAGCUUCCCAGAGCCAACUUAGGCAAGCGUGUGCGCGCACAGGGUGUGGCUCCCUGCACAUGAAGUGUCCCCCACUCCUCAUGUCAAGAUUCUGUGGAUCAGUGUGAGGCAUUUCCUACAAAGUCUGUGGUCGGGUGUUCACUACAAUUGAAAUGUUAAUUUGUAGAAAUAUUUAUUCCUUUGUGUGACAAGCUAGAGUCCUUGGCUAUAGCUAACCAUUUUUAUUGUGUAAAUACUGCUUGAUUUUACAUGAACUGUAUCAUAAUAAACUAUUUUUGCAUUGCC